CUGUUCCAUGUCCCUGUGUCGUUUCACCACUCGUCGUUGUUUCCAGCAUCUCUGUGUCUCCUCCGGCUCAGUCGCGCAUGGUGGUGUAAAGAGAGACGCAUUUGGCAGUUAUGGUCGAUCAGCGUUUCUUUCAUCCUCUCAAGUACAUUAGAGAUACACGACGGCCGUGCGCGCGGUGAAGGAAUCCUGUUUCCAUUUUUUGAACGGAUUUAAAGAAGACAAGGAAAGAUGUGCACCAAAACCUAACGAGCCCACGUUUUCAUCAAUGUGCGUAAAGAUGACAUUGAGGAUAUACCUAUAGCAGGUGAGCUCGGCAAACCCCUCUUUGCAGAAAAAUGCAUCCCUGGAUUUCAUAUUUUUUGCUAAGUGCAGCGUCAGUGUGCACGGCUGACAUGUUUGGCAGUUAUGGAGAGAUGUGUCAAAGACUGUGUGCCUGUGAGGAGAGAGAGGGGAUACUUACAGUGAGCUGUGAAAACAGAGGAAUUGUGAGUCUCGCAGACGUAAGCCCGGUGUACUUCUCCCAGUAUCAUCUGCUGCUUACAGGGAAUCUGCUGAAAAAGCUGUCUGCCAAUGAUCUCGUCGAGUACAAAGGACUUACAAUAUUGCAUCUGGGAAAUAACGACAUAUCUGAGGUUGAAGCAGGAGCUUUUAAUGGACUUCAGGGAUUAAAGCGCUUGCAUUUGAACAAUAACAAAAUUGAUGCCUUGAAGGAAGAGCUUUUCUUUGGCCUUGAAAGUUUGGAAUAUCUACAACUUGAUUAUAAUUAUAUCACUCAUGUGGCACCCAACGCCUUCAGCAGGCUGCGACAUCUGGAGGUCCUGAUUCUGAAUGACAACUUGAUAUCAACUCUGCCAGUGAAUAUUUUCCAGCACGUGCCGUUGACUCAUUUGGACUUGAGGGGGAAUCAGCUCAAAGUGCUCCCCUACUCAGGUCUGCUGGAGCACAUGAACGGAGUUGUGGAGCUACAGCUGGAGGAGAACCCGUGGAACUGCUCCUGCGAGCUGAUCGCCCUCAAAACCUGGCUGGAGAGCAUAUCGUACACGGCUCUGGUCGGUGACGUCGUCUGCGAGUUCCCAUUUCGGCUCCACGGCAGAGAUGUUGAUGAGGUCUCAAAACAGGAGUUGUGCCCGAGGAGAGCCAUCGCUGAAUAUGAGAUGCCACCCCUGCCACAUUUGAGCAGUGAUGCAUACUUUAGGACCACGGCAAGUCUAGUUACAGCCUCCUUCACUUCAUCUGGGAUCGCACGGUCCUCGUCAAGGCCCACCAAGGCACCUCGACAAUCUGGCAAAUUAAAAGCGAGACCCACAGCUCGUGUCCCAUCUAACAAGCCACAAAAUUAUGGACAAAUCAUUUCAUAUCAGACCAAAUCCCCCGUGCCUUUAGACUGCCCGACUGCCUGCACCUGCAAUCUUCAAAUUUCAGACCUUGGCCUAAACGUGAACUGCCAGGAGAAAAAGAUUGAGCAUAUUUCUGAUUUAAAUCCCAAACCCUACAACCCCAAAAAGAUGUAUCUCACUGGGAAUUACAUCCCUGUCGUGCGUCGAUCAGACUUUAUUGAGUCGACUGGAUUAGAUUUGCUUCACCUUGGCAACAAUCGAAUAGCUCGCAUACACGACAGAGCGUUUGGGGAUUUGACACAUCUGAGAAGACUUUACCUCAACGGGAAUUUGAUAGACCGUCUCACAGCUGUCAUGUUUUAUGGUUUGGAAACCUUACAGUUCUUAUAUUUAGAAUACAAUGUCAUCAAAGAGGUUUCCCCUGACACCUUUCAGCACGUGCCCAAACUUCAGCUUCUUUUCCUCAACAACAACCUCCUAAAAACAUUACCAGUAGGGACAUUCAAGGGCCUGACGCUAGCCAGACUAAAUCUUCGCAACAACCACCUGCGCUACCUGCCAGUCAGUGGCGUGCUGGAUCAGCUGAUGGCACUGGUGCAAGUCGACUUGUUUGAGAAUCCCUGGGAUUGCUCUUGCACCAUACUGGAGCUGAAGAUGUGGCUGGAGCACCUCAGCACAGGCACUGUUGUAAACAAUGUCAUCUGUGGCUCGCCUAAGAAACUAGCUGGGGAGGAUAUGAGAUACAUUAAGACAUCUAAUUUCUGCCCUAAUAACUCUGAUAUACUUGCUUCCAUGAUCCCACCCUCUGAGGAGUCUUUCCCUGGCAGCACUAUCACCAUAGAAACAUCCCUGGACUCUGACACACAGUACAGUGCCAUCCCUUUAUCUGUGAUGAUUCUUGCCCUCCUCCUCAUUUUCAUCGUGUCUGUGUUUGUGGCUGCAGGAUUGUUUGUGACGAUGAAAAAAAGACGUCAAAAGAAUCAGAGUGAGCAGAACAACUCCAUGAACGCUUGCAUCAGCUCUCUCAACAUGGAGUAUGGCCUUUACAAAAAGGCAUCUAUCCCCAAAGUCAGAACGUCUGCUGGACACGUGUAUGAGUACAUCCCACCUCCCACAGACACCUCAUGCAGAACUGCUGCUCAAACGCCGACGGACAACAAAUCGGUGGAUGGAUUUAGGGACUUUGAUGAGUUGAGCAGCACUUUUCUGGGCAACACAGACGAGGAGGCAGUCAGUAAUGUCAUAAGCCCAGAAUACAGUGCCACUACUCCAGAGCCUCUUAACAAGCCAUCCACGCCUCACAAAGACAGCCCAUGUUACUACAGAGACGCACAUGAGCCUGACAAGCACACACACUACAGUAAUACGCUACCAUGCAGGCACACAGCGCAUGCAUCGAGUCAGUAUACCUCAGACUUUGAUGCAAGGCAUCAGUACAUGCAGCCAGAGAGAAUACAACAGACAAUACUCUAUUGCACAGCACCAAGUACUGUUUAUGUGGAGCCCAACAGGAGUGAGUACUGGGAGCUUAAAGCAAAGCUCCACAUUGAUCCUGAUUACCUUGAGGUUCUCGAGAAGAGAACCACAUUCACACAGUUCUAAGAGACUUAACCCCUGAUGGUCAUCGUGGAUGCAUUGAAGCAAUGGAUCCAUUUUAAUCAGGAAACCAUGUUUAAAGAGACUGGCAUAACAACUUUCUCAACUUUAUUAUGACAGAACAUUAAAAGUAUGCAUUUCUGGGAAUCGUGCUUCACAAAAUUGAAAGGGGAACACUACUCAUUUUAAAGCCUAACUUUAUCACACUUCAUAACUGAGCUGUUUUAACAUUUUGGUUAUGAUUCAUAAACAAAAACAAAGAAGAGCCUGUACACUUAUGCCACAACAUCAUGAGAGGACCUGAUGAAGAUCCCACUCUGGAUCUAAACGUUCUUUAAUUCAUCAAAUAUUCUGUGGCCCAGAGUGGCAUAAGUGUGGAGGCUUUUUUUUGUUUGUUCGCUUUGCACCUUGCAAUGUCUGUUAAGUUAUUUUCGUCUCUGAUUCGUAAACAACCACAUUCACAAAUUUCGAAUGACUCAACCCAUCAUAAAAUACAUCCCGGAGCCGCUUCAUUGACUUGAUGUGAGACUGAAGCUUUUACCAGUAAAAUUAGCUGCAUUUCUAAAGUCUCAAUGAAGCGUGUUCUCUUCCCAAAAUAAACCAGGUUUGUGUUGCAAACAUGUGCAUGACUCCAAGACUCUUUUUUUUUUUCUCCCCAAAUUUAUUCAAGAUGAAACUCACACAUGAGACUAAAACAAAUUAAUUCUGCAAGUAAAUCUAUCUGUGACCAGAGUGUAGGUGUAAACAAAAGUCUGGUGUGCCCACGCAUCCUGUGACGUUGUAUUGUGCUCCAGUCAUUUACAGAGGUAUUUAUUCCCACAGCUCUGGGAUCAUAACAUUAUAACCAUGAGAUCAUGCAGCAUAUUCAAAUGUAUUAUCUCAUAUCACAGCUUAUGAGGCCAGUAAAUCUCUUGUGCUCUCGUGUUUGCAGAUUUGGACAAGAAUAAUUAAUGUAUGCUAAAAAUAAACCUAAGCAACCUGCUGCCUAUACUACAGGGUAAUCUGUGAAAAUCAGUGGUGUUCCCCUGUGAGCCUCCCUCCACAUCUCCUGCACUUUUGGAUUAUAGACACGUGUUGUAUUGGCUCAAACAUCAGUAUUGUAGCCGUACAUGGAAAUAUUGUAACAAAAAGAUUAUCCAAACAGAAAGAAAAUAAGCUUUAACUGUCAGUGUGCACCAUAUGUCAACUUUACAUGAACACGCAGCCUGAAAACACACUUGCUGUUUAUAAUUCAUGACGUAUAAUGAGGGUCUUCAUUCGUGCCACUACCAAAGUACUACAGGAAUCAGCUGAUCAGCUUAUGCAAACUUUGACACCCAAAAGAGAACAUGAAAACACUAUCCUGUGUUAUAUUAAACCCAUUACAACAUGAUCCCUUUAUUAUAUCUGGCUGCAACUGUCCUCCAGUUACAAUAAAUCGGAUCACAUUUACAAUACAAUAAGAGUCAAAUACUUCCCAUACUCCUGUGUCUGAAUUUAAAAAACGUUUAAAUUGUAUGUGAGCCUCAGGCUUAUGUAUACAUAUUUUAAAUGACUGCAUACUUUUAUACAAACAAAUGUAGAUAUUGAGCUUUUUUGGCUGUUUCUUUUUUUCCUUUUUCUUCUGGAAAGAAAAUGCACUAUUGACUGCUACAGGUCAACGACGAUGUCACUUUCUGAGAUGCACGCCAUAGUAACACGUGCAUAGAGCCAUAGAAGUAGGUUUGAUAACUGCAUACAAACAAGUAACACGUGGUAAAAAAUGUAUGUUGCACUAUGCAUAGAUAUAUAGAUCAUACUUAGACAAUCCCACACAGCUCAUGCUUUUCUGACACUUGAUAUGAUUUUGUACAUACUGCAUAACAAUGAGAAACACAGCCCCAUAACUCUGCAUUGUUCAUCUCAUCUUUUCUCUCUGUGUGGUGUAGUAUAAAAUCUGGCAGUCUCUCUUUUUACGGAGGGAUUGAUAUGUGCUGCUACACAUGGGGUGCGAGAGCUUUAGCUGUUGGACUGAAAAGCACAACAAAUGAAUAGCAGCAGCUGAAUGACUGGAGUCAUCUUUAUGCAUGAACAUGUCCAAUGCUCCAAAGGAAAGUAAGCACAUCAUCCAGUCCUAAUGCAGUCUAACCAAUUUCUGGGUCAAUAGUGUAAGCCAAGAAAAUUUGACUUUCCCUGAGAGUUUAAUACACAGCGUAAAUUCACAUCAUAUGCAGUAUUAUGCACUGAGCCUGUCAUCUUAACUCAGCUAAUUAGCGGACAUGGUGUAUCUGAACCCUGUCAGCACGUCACCAAGUGUUACACUGCAGCAUUAGUCACAGAGUUUAUCAAGGAUACGGUCUUGUUUUGUUGCCUUUCCCAUUUCUCAGUCAUUCUGUGAUUAUUUUGUCACUUGACCUGUCUCUGCUCUUUGGAAAUUCCUCAGAACAAAUGAAAUGAUAUCCACAAAGUGAUGCAUGAUGGUGUGAACCUGCACAGGUUUGGGAGAUGAAACGUGAUGGACUUGCUUUGUAUCAAUAUGUCGCUGUGAAGUUAGUGGUGAACACUUAAACCUGCAAACAUGCACAGACACAUACACACGUUUUUAUACAGAACAGUGUCUGGUAUUUGGAUACUAGUCUGAGCUCUGAAGUUAUUCUUUUUUCAUGUAACCAAACUCAUGCUGUAAUUAAACAAUGAUAUAUACCUCCGCCAUGGCCCAAAGGUCCCCUGAAAUUCAAUUAAGCUGCAAGAUCCAUGAAUUAUUCCCUGGUUUAUUGGAGAAAAUUUGAAAAAAAAUGUUGUGUGAAGUGAAAAUAUAUACUCCUGGAUUCAAAAAUUUAAUGAGAUCUUCCCUGGCAUAUGCUUCAUCCUUCCACCAAGUUUAGUGUAAAUCUAUUUUGUAGUUUUUCCAUAAUCAUGUUCACAAACACACAAUCAUACAGAGGUUAUCUUCAUGGCGGAGGUAAUAACAAAUCAAUGCAGCGCAAAUAAUGUAUUGCCUUUGCAUUCAGAGAAAAAUGCUUCUGAGAAGAGUUUUAACAUUUUAUUUGUAAGAAUGAAGGUUAC